CACCAGGCAGAUCGCUCCCAUUGACCGUACGGCCGUCACACGGAACGCAAGCCAAACGACUAUGUGUUUGGCUUUUUGAACUCUCGUAAAUUGUCGAUUCGGAAUAACAAUAGUAAGAAGUAAUAAAGUUCAAUUAAUUUUAACGACAGGUAGACACGAAGAAACAUCAUGGAAUCGUGCGGAAUGAACGCCAUCAAAUACAUCCUCUUUAUUUUCAACUUAAUCUUCGCAAUAUCGGGCUUAGGUAUUAUUGUGGCCGGCGCGUUAGUGUUAGCAGAUGUCGGCGACUUCAAUCACUUCGCGGAAAGCAGAAUAAUAUCACCGCCUAUAGUGCUUAUAGUUGCGGGAGCUGUCGUUUUUAUCAUAGCUUUUUUAGGAUGUUACGGAGCAAUAAAGCAACAUUAUACCAUGUUGAUGGUGUUUGCGGCCGCAUUGUUGAUAAUUUUCGUGAUCGAGCUCGCGGUGGGCAUAGCAGCGGCGGUGCUUAAAAAUGAUGUCGGCAUGGUAUUGAAGGAUUCCUUGAAGAAUUCGAUGAGGAACUACACGGAGGCCGACAAGCAAGCUUGGGAUAUUGUGCAGCAGAAGUUUCAAUGUUGCGGCGUGGACCAACCCCAAGAUUGGUGGAAUUCACCUAAUCGUGACUAUCCACAGUCCUGUUGCAAUAAUACACAAUAUCAGUGUCGACCAGGAAAUAAUUACCGGGAUGGAUGCUUUAGCAAGUUGGAAAUGCAAGUCCAGAAAUGCGCCACGGUUUUGAUCGGUGUGGGCAUUGGAAUAGCUUUUGUGGAGAUUGCCGGUAUCAUCCUUGCUUGUUGCCUUGCCGCGGCGAUAAAAAAGGAAAGUAAUAAAUGAAACAAAAUGUAUUAAUUUAAUUUUAUGCUGCGUCAGGCUAAACUGCAAAAUUUGCUGUCUCGUGAUAAAGAUACGAUAAAAUUUUGAUUGACUUAACAGAACUAAAAUAUUUACAUACGUUCAGUUAAAU